AGGCAUUAUUUCGACUUGUCUCUGCUGAUUUUAUCGAUUUUUUCUCGAGUGCACAAUUUAUGACUGCACCUUCUGUGCAAUUGGGCAAUUGGAUGACAGGAAAACAGUGACCUCUUUCUUGUAUAACAGUUGUUGCGUUUUGAUAUGUAGUAUUUUUUGUUUUUUUUUUUAAAGAUGUAAUCAGAUGUAUAUUGUUCAUCACAAAAUAUAAUCCAUUCCAAUUUCUAGUGAAUUUUAUGAAAUGUUGUAUAUUUGAAUUGAUAACAUUUUUAAAUCCAUUUUCUGUAUAAUAAUUCUAAAUUUUUUUCAGGAGACUCAUUUCAGAAACCAUGAACCUGGAAAAUCUACCUUCAGUUGUCCAUCGAAAACUGUUCAAAAUGUUUGACGCAUGUGAUUUAUUCUUUUUAUCAAUUACUUUUGGCAACAUCAAAGAGACUAUUCAAAAGAUGAACUUGGACAUUUCCGAUAUUGCAAUGGACAUGACUGCAAAAAGGAAAUUGUUCUUGUUAAAGAUUCAGUGCUCCUCAACCGGCAGGCAAUAUUUGUCAUUCACUACCAAAAUCCCAAAUGGCACAAAAAGACAAAAACCGGUGUAUCUUAAAAUUGGAGAUUUGACGUUGAAAUGCAGAAUAUUCUUCCCUGUGCAGCCAGAAGACCCAACCGUAAUUUUUCUCAACAAGAAGUAUGGGCCCAUUUUGAUAACAUCCGUUAUCCCAUAUCUUUGUGACCUUUUUGAUACUCAGAGCGUGACAUAUCGUUUGAGUUACAAAAAAUUCAAACGUUUUCCUACAAUAACCACUGCCAGAGGAGUAGUUCUUCAAGAUAAACAUAUCACAUAUAAAAGGGUUUUAACUUUGCUUUGUCGCAUCAAAGUUACAAAAUUCCUGCUAUUACCUACACUUCAAAGGCGACCAUCAGUCGGUUAUUCUCCAUUUUCGAAGUGUCAAAUUUGUACGUGACAAACGCUAGUUGGGUGACUUCGCGUCACUUGUUGAUUUUUACUGGAAGGCAUGCACUUUUUAUGAAUUCGUCGUUGAAUAAUAAUGACGUCAGGCACUUUUUGAUGAGCUGGAUGGCGUGCACCGAAUCACGAUUAGAAACCAUGAUUGUUCACUCGUCAGGCCCAUAUUUCAAUAAAACUGCAAUUAUGAAACGAAUCAAAUCAACCAAGUGGAACCCUGAGCAGAGGGAACGGCGAUACGUAUACAAUGCAGAAAUGAAACAAUAUUUGUCAUCAAGAGUAAUGGACAGUGUCUUUAAUUGUUGCGAUGAAUAUGACGUUGUAAGAAAAAAUGGAACCUUAGCUACUGUCAGAAUAACAUAUAAUCAUUUCUUCUUCUUCGUGUGGCACAAUCGUUUCCCAACUGGAAUAAAACAGAAGCCCACCGGCAUUGUGGACUCAACAAAUUCUUGAUAAUUGAUAUAUGUAGGUAUUGUGUCCCGUUUUCUAAUAAUAAAUUAACCAAUAUGAGA